AAAGAAAUUGAAAGGAAUCAGUACCGGAGCCUUGCCGCAUGGUUCUGUCUCUCUGUCUCUCUCUCUGUGGCCAAGCUACAAUCCCCAAGCAGGGGAAAUCUAGAGAGACAACAGUCUGAGAGAGGGCUUUUACAUAUAUUGAUUUAGAGAGAGACGGGGGGGUCUAGAUAGUUUCGGUCAUGUUUCAGUCUAACAAUCAGAUUGUUCUCCAUGCAAAGGCAUUAGCCAGCCAAGAUUCAUCAUCACUGAAGCAUGUGGGUCAGAAUAAUUCCAGUAUGUUUGGAAGUGAUGAAAACAAUGAAAUGCAAAACAGAGAAAUUUGCAAGGCGCAAUCGGUUUUUGAUAAUUCUAAGAAACUUCAGGAUGAUCUUCAAAUGCUUGGUCGAAGCAUUAAACAGCACGAAGAUAAUAUUAAAUCCAUAAAGAAUCAGAAAAACAGACUGGAUGACUCAAUUCUAGACAUGCAAGUUGCUCUUGGCAAGUUUCAUUCAUCAAAUUUACCUAUGACCGAAAACGAGGACCUUUCACACAUAAAGAGUGAGGAUGAGACGGUGGAACAUAUCUUACAGCAUGAGAAAUCUGCAGCUGGCAUUUUGUGCCAGCUGAAAACACGUCAUGGAACUCAGGCUUUUAAUAUUCCGCUGACCAAGGAUGUGCUUGGGAUUGUUGCAACUCUUGGCAAAGUAGAUGACGAUAGCCUCAGCAGGCGUCUCUCUGAGUACUUGGGGAUGGAAACUAUGAUGGCAGUUGUUUGCAAGACGUAUGAUGGUGUUAAAGCUUUGGAGACAUAUGAAAAAGAUGGUUCUAUAGUUACAGGUUCUGGUCUUCAUGGUCUUGGAGCUUCUAUUGGGAGGCCAUUGAGCGGUCGAUUCCUUGUCAUUUGUUUGGAACACCUUAGACCAUAUGUUGGUGAGUUCAUAGCUAAUGACCCACAAAGAAGGCUUGAUCUUCUAAAGCCAAAAUUACAGAAUGGCGAAUCUCCACCUGGCUUUCUUGGUUUUGCUGUGAAUAUGAUCAGUGUCGAUAGUAUGAACUUAUACUGUCUCACAACCACUGGGCAUGGACUUAGAGAGACUCUCUUCUAUAGUCUCUUCUCGCGACUGCAAGUUUACAGAACAAGGGCAGACAUGCUAGAGGCUCUCCCUUUAAUAAGUGAUGGAGCCCUAUCUUUGGAUGGUGGGAUAAUAAGGAGCACUGGUGUGUUUUCCCUGGGAAAUAAGGAUUAUGUUGAAACCCUUUGCAGAAAAUGUUGACCUGCUAAAGUAUAGAUGGGCAGGCUAGGAAAGAUCUAGAUGUAAAAUUUCCAAAAAGCUCCAGGAGGUCAAAUUUACCUGAGAAAUAUUUUGAAACUGAAGAUCGAAUGAAGGAUAUGAAAUGGAAAAAGGAAAGAAUACUGGAAGAUAUGCAGAGAGAACAAGGUUUAUUGGAUCUUGCAAAGUUCAACUAUGAAAUAAAGAAGCAAGAGUUUGUCAAGUUCCUUGCACAAAGCUCAUCAUAUGCUACUCAGCAUCAUACUCAGGCAGGGCGGGACAGAUCAACUCUGAGCUGAUAAAUGCAUGGGGAACGAGUGCACUAUCAACCAGCUGAGGAAAUCAAAGCUCUAUGGACUGUUAAUCAAUUCCUACUUCAAUUUAUUGUGGGAUCCUUGUGGACUAGAAGUGAAUGUGAAUCUUGGUGGAAAUGCAAGGCAUGUGCAUUAUAGGGUUCAAUUGGAGGAAUUAUUUUCUUUGAACCCAGAUUUUGCGGAGGCAGGAUUAGCUUAGGCAUCCUUAUUCCUUAUUGCUUGGGGGUAAAUUCUAUAGACAUUUGUCAUUGUGUUCCUGUGGGUCUAUUUUUUAUCCUAUGAUUUAGAUCGAGUCUUGGAGGUGGGGUGGGGAAAGUGGAUGGAUAUAGGUACCAUGUGGUUUGGCCAACAGUCGAUGUGUUUUGGGGGUUGGGUUGACUUUAAGUAGAAUCAUGUAUAUAAUUUGCAGUUUUGGGCAGUGAAUUAGAAGUACUUUAUGAGGCUGUUGACUCAUCAAGACUUGGGGAUUUUAGUACUUACAGGCAGAGCAUUUGAAUUUGCCAGAUUACUCAGCUUGCUUGGCUUAGCUUAAACAAUGCUUGGUCAUCUUGGGGGAGUAUGAGAAAGUCAGCUGCAUACACUUGCUUUUGCUGUCCUAAUUUUGAUGACUAGAUGGAUGAAAGAGAAUAAUUAGAUUAGAGAUAAAGAGUUAAUGACCUUUUAGUGGCGUGAUUGGGUCUCUGUUGCUAGUGUUAAUGACCUUUUUCUCCCUGCUAAUGUUGUUCUUGAUGACGUGGUAUAGUUACAUCCAUUGGAUA